CGAAAACAUCUCCGCCGCCGUCUCGGGGGGGUAGAAAUUCGGAGCUCGCCGAGGGACGAUCGGAAUCCUUCUCCGAGGAUGAGCGUGAUCGAGUUGAUCACCAGGGUCGACGCGAUCUGCCGGAAGUACGACAAGUACGACGUCGACAAGCAGAAGGAGCUCAACGUCUCCGGGGACGAUGCCUUCGCCCGCCUCUACUCCGCCGUCGAGGCCGACGUCGAAGCCGCCGCUCAGAAAGCGGAAUUGGCGGCGACGGAGAAGAGUAGAGCGACCGUGAUCGCGAUGAACGCGGAGAUUCGGCGAACGAAGUCGCGUUUGCUCGAGGAUCUCCCGAAGCUGCAGAGGCUAGCUUUCAAAAAGGUCAAGGGGCUUUCGAAAGAAGAGCUCGAGGCUCGAAGUGAUUUGGUCUCUGCACUGAAAGAUAGGAUCGAAGCAAUUCCAGAUGGAACUGCUGGUGCAUUGGGACAAAACGGCGGUUCUGCUGCUUCCACUUCACGCACGGGAAUUAGAUUCGACUCGACUUCAGACAGUAAAUUUGGUAGCGAGUAUUAUCAACAAUCUGAAGAGUCAGAUAGGUUUAGACAGGAAUACGAGAUGAGGAGAAUGAAACAGGACGAAGGCUUAGAUGUCAUAGCAGAAGGAUUGGACACACUGAAAAACAUGGCCGGGGACAUGAAUGAGGAAUUCGACAGACAGGCACCUCUGAUGGAUGAAAUAGAUGAAAAGGUUGACAGGGCAGCCUCUGAGCUGAAAAACACUAACAGGAGGCUUAAGGAUACCGUUACUCAGCUGAGGUCCAGUCGCAACUUCUGCCUUGAUAUCAUCCUUCUGUGUAUAAUUCUUGGGAUAGCAGCUUACUUGUACAAUGUUCUGAAGUGAACUGACGAGCCGGUUUAGUUGCUGCUGGGGUGCCUCGAUAAUUUCUCUUGUACGGGGUUCCUAGAGGUGGUGAGACAUGGCAUAAAUUGACCUUCUAUUUGUCAAUAAUGUUGGAGCUCCGGUCCAGGUGAUAAUCAGCUGUAUAUGAACAAUCGAAUUCACAGGGCCAAGAAGCUUGAUGAUACCGUGUGAUUAUGUGAUUUUGCGUUUAUGUAGACAAAGUAUGCACGAUGGUAUGCAGAAAAUUUUCAUGUCAAUGCGGAAUAGUUUAGUUUUGUGACUA